AGCUCUCGCCGAAGGAAAUUUUAAAAGAGGAAAGAAAAAAGAGAAAAAGUCUUUAUUGUCUAGACAGAAGAAUACAUUAAGAAAAUCAAGGAAAAAUGUCGAUUCUUCCACUGCUGAACUUGGCUGCUCGCGAAUUGGAGCACGAGUACCGCACCGACUGGGAGCACUUGCUGGAGGAUGACUUCGGGUUCGGUGUCCACGCCCACGAUCUCUUCCACCGCCCGCGUCUGCAGCAUCAGCUGCACGGCUCCCUGGGCCGCCGCCGCUUCUUGCCGUACGAGAAAAUGCUCCAUGGUCAUGGCCACCACGGCCUGGGACAGAACCACCAGUUGGUGCCACGUCGCCGGCUGUCCCAGGGCGGCGGACCGAACGCCUUGCUGCCCGCGGUGGGCAAAGAUGGCUUCCAGGUGUGCAUGGAUGUGUCGCAGUUCAAGCCCAACGAGCUGUCCGUCAAGGUGGUCGACAAGACGGUGGUGGUCGAGGGCAGGCACGAGGAGCGCGAGGAUGGGCACGGCCUGAUCCAGCGUCACUUUGUGCGUAAAUAUACGCUGCCCAAGGACUUUGACCCCAACGAUGUGGUGUCCACCGUCUCGUCCGAUGGCGUGCUCACCCUUAAGGCCCCACCGCCGCCCAGCAAGGAGCAGUCCAAGCCCGAGCGCAUUGUCCAAAUCCAGCAGACAGGUCCGGCCCAUCUCAGUGUCAAGGCUCCGGAGGUGGCCGCUCCAGCUGAUGGAAAAGCAGCCGAUGGAAAAACUGAAAAUGGCGCCGGCGAAAAGAUGGAGACAGGCAAAUAAGAGAAAAAAGAAGAUGGAGACUCGGAAUUUCGCUGGCGAAGAGGAGGAGGAGGAGGAGAAACUCGGAGGAGUGUUGCUGCGCUGCUCGGAGAGUGCAAGACUAAAAACAUAAUAAUAUUAAUAAUAUUACACACAUCAAUUCAUCACAUUUGUAGUAGUAAGCGAUUUUUAAACAUCAAUUAUCAUACACGAAUCUAAAAACAACACAUUAGUCUGUACAAUUAGGCUAACGGGAAAAUUCAAUUUUCCACAUUCAUAACUAUCAA